UCCUGUCGUUCCUUGAUGACCCGACGUCCGCUCACUUCCGAAAUCUGACGGAGAUUCACCGAGCCGAGCGAGCCGGCCCCUCCCGCCGCUCCUCAGACUCUCCCCUCGGAUCCACUCCGCGGAGGAACCCGGUGCCCCCUGUCUGGUCGUUUCCAAUUACGUUACCCCAAGAUGGAGGUUUGCAGAUGGCACGGCUAGCGCUCACCAGUCCCCGCAGCCAUCCGUGUGGCUCUUCCAUGACGCUUUUUUCCCAGGACGGGAGAGACCGUUCUCGAUCUUUUUCUCGUUUUUUGGAGGUAUCGUCCACUUAGGAGGGAGUGAGCUCGGGGGAUCUGGUCGAGGCAGCCAUGAGCUCCGGGGAAGGAGCGGAGGAAACCACGAAGGACGCCGGCGACAUAGAGGCGUUCUUUAAGACCGAUGGAUCCCUCCCUAAAGAGCCAAAAGGAGAGGUGUCGAGCCAGAUAGCAGGAUUUCGGAGAAAUGAGGAGAUAAGAGCGAUGGAAGUGCUCCCCAUCCUCAAAGAGAAAGUUGCUUUUCUGUCCGGUGGAAGAGACCGACGUGGCGGUCCAGUAUUAACAUUUCCAUCACGAAGUAACCACGACAGAAUAAGAGCGGAUGACCUGAAGAGGCUGAUCGCCUACCUCGCCUGCAUCCCCAGUGAGGAGGUGUGUAAACAUGGCUUCACAGUCAUUGUUGAUAUGCGCGGCUCCAAGUGGGACAGCAUCAAGCCUCUGCUGAAGAUCCUGCAGGAGUCGUUUCCGUCCUGCAUCCACGUCGCCCUCAUCAUCAAACCGGACAACUUCUGGCAGAAGCAGAGGACCAACUUCGGCAGCUCCAAGUUCGAGUUCGAGACAGUCAUGGUGUCGCUCGAGGGUUUGACGAAGGUUGUGGACCCCUCCCAACUCACAGCUGACUUUGACGGCAGCCUGGACUACAACCACGAAGAAUGGAUAGAGGUGCGAGUCGCGUUCGAGGAGUUCUCUGGUCACGCCACUCAGAUGUUGACUCGACUGGAAGAGAUGCAGGAAACUGUGUCAAGAAAAGACUUCCCCCAAGAUCUGGAAGGGGCGAGGCGGAUGAUAGAGGAGCAUGCCGCGCUGAAGAAGAAAAUCAUAAAAGCUCCAAUAGAGGAGCUUGACACAGAGGGCCAGAGGUUGCUUCAGCGGAUUCAGAGCAGCGAGGCUUUCUCCAACCGUAAUGGCAGCACCGGCGGCAGCAGCAGUAGCAGCAGCGGUGGCAGCGGCAGCGUCUGUAAUGCCGACACCCAGGGCCUGGUCCCGCGCAUCACCCAGCUGCUGGACAAGCUGCACUCCACCCGACAACACCUCCACCAGGCCUGGCACGUCCGGAAGCUGCAGCUGGACCAGUGCUUUCAGCUCCGUCUGUUUGAGCAGGACGCGGAGAAGAUGUUUGACUGGAUCAUGCACAACAAAGGUUUGUUCCUGGCAGGCUACACAGAGAUUGGCAACAACCACCCCCAUGCUGUGGAGCUGCAAACCCAGCACAAUCACUUCGCAAUGAACUGCAUGAACGUGUACGUUAACAUCAACCGCAUCGUGUCGGUGGGCAGCCGGCUGCUGGAGUCCGGUCACUACGCCUCCCAGCAGAUCAAGCAGAUCUCGGGUCAGCUGGAGCAGGAGUGGAAAGCAUUCGCCGCAGCGCUCGAUGAACGCAGCACGCUAUUAGAAAUGUCAGCCAGCUUCCAUAAGAAGUGCGACCAGUACAUGAGUAAUGUGGACUCGUGGUGCAAGGCAUGCGGCGAGGUGGACUUGCCCUCCGAGCUGCAGGACCUGGAAGAUGCAAUUCACCACCACCAAGGCCUGUAUGAGCACAUCACAGCUGCCUACUCUGAGGUGAGCCAGGACGGGAAAGCCCUGCUAGACAAGCUGCAGCGACCUUUGACCCCGGGCAGCGCUGACUCGCUAACGGCUUCAGCCAACUACUCCAAGGCCGUGCACCACGUGCUGGACAUCAUCCACGAGGUGCUGCACCACCAGAGGCAGCUGGAAAACAUCUGGCAGCACCGCAAAGUGCGCCUGCACCAGCGCCUGCAGCUGUGCGUCUUUCAGCAGGACGUCCAACAGGUUUUGGACUGGAUAGAAAACCACGGCGAGGCCUUCCUCAGCAAACACACGGGUGUGGGAAAGUCCCUCCACCGAGCCCGAGCGCUGCAGAAACGCCACGAGGACUUCGAGGAAGUGGCUCAGAACACUUACACCAAUGCGGAUAAGCUCCUGGAGGCGGCCGAGCAGCUGGCCCAGACGGGAGAGUGCGACCCGGAGGAGAUCUACCAGGCCGCCCACCAGCUCGAAGACAGAAUCCAAGACUUCGUCCGCCGCGUGGAGCAGCGUAAAGUCUUGCUGGACAUGUCUGUCGCCUUCCACACACACGUCAAAGAGCUGUGGACGUGGCUGGAGGAACUGCAGAAGGAGCUGCUGGACGACGUCUACGCCGAGUCCGUGGAGGCCGUCCAGGAUCUGAUUAAGCGCUUCGGCCAGAAGCAGCAGACCACGCUGCAGGUCACCGUCAACGUCAUCAAGGAGGGAGAGGACCUCAUCCAGCAGCUCAGGGACUCUGCCAUCUCCAGCAACAAGACGCCCCACAAUAGCUCCAUCAACCACAUCGAGAGCGUCCUCCAGCAGCUGGACGAGGCCCAGGCUCAGAUGGAGGAGCUCUUCCAGGAGAGGAAGAUCAAGCUGGAUCUCUUCCUCCAGCUCCGCAUCUUUGAGAGAGACGCCAUUGAUAUCAUCUCAGACUUGGAGUCGUGGAACGAGGAGCUGACGGGUCAGAAGAGCGACUUUGACACAGAGGACUUGACGUUGGCCGAGCAGCAGCUCCAGCACCACGCCGACAAGGCCCUGACCAUGAACAACCUGACGUUUGACGUCAUCCACCAGGGGCAGGAACUGCUGCAGUACGUCAACGAAAUCCAGGCAUCUGGGGUGGAGUUGCUGUGCGACCGCGACGUGGACAUGGCCACGCGGGUUCAGGAUUUGCUGGAGUUCCUCCAUGAGAAGCAGCGGGAGCUGGACCUGGCAGCAGAGCAGCACCGCCGGCACCUGGAGCAGUGCGUCCAGCUGAGGCACCUGCAGGCUGAAGUCAAGCAGGUUCUGGGCUGGAUUCGAAACGGUGAAUCGAUGCUUAACGCCGGUCUAAUCACGGCCAGCUCCCUGCAGGAGGCGGAGCAACUGCAGCGGGAACACGAACAGUUCCAGCACGCCAUUGAGAAGACCCACCAGAGUGCCCUGCAGGUCCAGCAGAAGGCGGAGGCUCUGCUGCAGUCCAACCACUACGACAUGGACCUGAUCAGAGACUGUGCAGAGAACGUGGCUUCUCACUGGCAGCAGCUCAUGCUGAAGAUGGAGGACCGACUGAAGCUAGUCAACGCCUCCGUGGCUUUCUACAAAACAUCGGAACAGGUGUGCAGCGUGCUGGAGAGCCUGGAGCAGGAGUACAAGAGGGAGGAGGACUGGUGCGGAGGAGCUGACAAACUGGGACCCAACUGUGAGACAGACCAUGUGACCCCCAUGAUCAGUAAGCACCUGGAACAGAAGGAGGCGUUCCUCAAGGCUUGCACUCUGGCCAGAAGAAACGCAGACGUCUUCCUGAAGUACAUGCACAGAAACAGCGUCAACAUGCCGGGGAUGCUGAGCCACGUCAAGGCGCCGGAACAACAGGUCAAAAACAUCCUGAACGAGCUGCUGCAGCGAGAAAACAGAGUUCUGCAUUUCUGGACCAUGAGGAAGCGGCGACUGGACCAGUGUCAGCAGUACGUGGUGUUUGAACGCAGCGCCAAACAGGCUUUGGAGUGGAUUCAUGACGCCGGGGAGUUUUACCUGUCUACACACACAUCCACCGGCUCCAGCAUCCAUCACACACAGGAACUCCUGAAGGAGCACGAGGACUUCCACAUUACAGCCAGGCAAACCAAGGAGCGCGUGAAGCUGCUAAUCCAGCUGGCCGACGGAUUCUGCGAGAAAGGCCACAGCCACGCGGCGGAGAUUAAGAAGUGGGUGACGGCCGUGGACAAACGCUACAGAGAUUUCUCCCUGCGCAUGGACAAGUAUCGCAGCAGCCUGGAGAAAGCCUUGGGCAUCCCGUCAGACUCCAACAAGGCGAGCAAGGACCUUCAGCUGGACAUCAUCCCGGCCACUCCUCCGGGGUCAGAGGUCAAACUCAGGGACGCUGCUGCGCACGAGCCGAACGAGGAGAAACGCAAGUCGGCGCGCAGGAAGGAGUUCAUCAUGGCCGAGCUGAUUCAGACAGAGAAAACAUACGUGCGAGACCUGCGGGAAUGCAUGGACACAUACUUGUGGGAGAUGACCAGCGGCGUGGAGGAGAUUCCCCCAGGAAUCAUCAACAAGGAGCACAUCAUUUUUGGGAACAUGCAGGACCUCUACGAAUUCCACCAUAACAUCUUUCUCAAAGAGUUGGAGAAGUAUGAGCAGCUUCCUGAAGAUGUUGGCCAUUGCUUUGUCACAUGGGCCGAUAAGUUCCAGAUGUACGUGAACUACUGCAAGAACAAACCCGACUCCACGCAGCUGAUAUUGGAGCAUGCUGGGAACUACUUUGACGAAAUCCAGCAACGGCACCGACUGGCCAACUCCAUCUCCUCCUACCUGAUCAAGCCGGUGCAGAGAAUCACCAAGUAUCAGCUUCUGCUGAAGGAGCUGCUGACGUGUUGCGAAGAAGGGAAAGGAGAGAUCAAAGACGGCCUGGAGGUGAUGCUCAACGUUCCCAAGAAGGCAAACGAUGCCAUGCAUCUUUCCAUGCUGGAAGGAUUCGAUGAGAACAUCGAGUCUCAGGGCGAGCUCAUCCUCCAGGACUCCUUCCAGGUCUGGGAUCCCAAGACUUUAAUCCGUAAAGGCCGAGAGCGCCACCUCUUCCUCUUCGAGAUGUCUCUGGUGUUCAGCAAGGAGGUGAAGGAUUCCAACGGCAGGAGCAAAUACAUCUACAAGAGCAAGCUGUUUACGUCUGAGCUGGGCGUGACGGAGCACGUUGAAGGAGAUCCAUGUAAGUUUGCCUUAUGGGUGGGACGUACCCCGACAUCUGACAACAAAAUAGUUCUCAAGCUAAGUCAGGGAGCCAAACAUGGAGCAACGGCAUCAAACAUUGAGAACAAACAGGACUGGAUCAAACACAUCAGAGAGGUGAUCCAGGAGCGCACCAUUCAUCUGAGAGGAGCCCUGAAGGAGCCCAUUCACAUCCCCAAGCCCAGCACAGCCAAGCAUCCCAAAGGGCGAAGGGAUUUAGAGGACUUGGACAGUCAGGGUGAAGGCAGCAGCCAACCAGACACCAUCUCUCUGGCGUCACGCACCUCUCAGAACACGCUGGACAGCGACAAGCUCUCUGGCGGCUGCGAGUUCACCGUGGUGAUCCACGACUUCAUGGCCAGCAACAGCAACGAGCUGACGCUGAGGCGAGGUCAGACCGUCGAGGUCCUGGAGCGUUGCCACGACAAACCCGACUGGUGCCUGGUGAGGACGACGGACCGCUCGCCGGCCCUGGAGGGCCUGGUCCCCUGCGCCAUGCUCUGCAUCGCCCACUCCAGGUCGUCUAUGGAGAUGGAGGGAAUCUUCAACCACAAAGACACUCUGUCGGUGUGCAGCAGUGACUCCAUCAUGCCAGGAUCUUCAGCCACGCUGCAGCCUGGUCACGGCAUCGGCUCCCACAGCUCACCUGGACCCAAACGACCAGGCAACACGCUUCGCAAGUGGCUGACCAGUCCGGUGCGUCGGCUCAGCAGCGGCAAGGCGGACGGCCACGUCAAGAAGCUGGCCAGCAAGCACAAGAAGAACCGGGAGGUGAGGAAGAGCGGCGAGAUAACGAUGGGCUCGCAGAAAGACUCUGACGACAGCGCCGCCACACCUCAGGAUGAAACUCUGGAGGAGAGGGUUCGUAACGAAGGCCUGUCGAGCGGCACGCUGUCCAAGUCCAGUUCGUCAGGCAUGCAGAGCUGCGGAGAGGAGGAAGGAGAGGAGGGGGCCGACUCGGUUCCUCUGCCCCCGCCCAUGGCCAUCCAGCAGCACAGCCUGCUGCAGCCGGACUCGCAGGACGACAAGACGUCUUCCCGUCUAUCCGUCCGUCCGUCCAGUUCGGAGACGCCCAGUGCCGCCGAGUUGGUGAGCGCCAUCGAGGAGUUGGUCAAAAGCAAGAUGGCUCUGGAGGACAGACCCAGCUCUCUGUCUGUAGAGCAGGGCGACAGCAGCUCCCCCUCCUUCAACCCCUCCGAUAACUCCCUCCUGUCCUCCUCCUCGCCUGGGGAAGAGAUGGAUGAACGCAGGGCCAGCAUCGUUAAGAAAAGACACUACGUUCUGCUGGAGCUGGUAGAAACCGAGCGAGAUUACGUCCGGGAUCUGGGUCUCGUUGUCGAGGGCUACAUGAGCAGGAUGAAGGAGGAGGGCGUUCCCGACGAUAUGAGGGGGAAGGAUAAAAUCGUGUUUGGAAAUAUCCAUCAAAUCUACGACUGGCACAAAGAUUUCUUCCUCAGGGAGUUGGAGAAAUGCUUAGAAGACCCUGACAGGCUGGGACUGCUGUUUCUCAAACAGGAGCGCAGGUUAAACAUGUACGUAGUGUACUGUCAGAACAAGCCCAAGUCGGAGCACAUCGUGUCAGAGUACAUCGACACCUACUUCGAGGAUCUGAAGCAGAGGUUGGGGCACCGGCUGCAGAUCACAGACCUGCUCAUUAAACCUGUUCAAAGGAUCAUGAAAUACCAGCUGCUGCUCAAGGAUUUCCUCAAGCACUCUAAAAAGGCUGGACUGGAGAGUCCAGAUUUAGAGAAAGCAGUGGAGGUCAUGUGCAUCGUGCCAAAAAGGUGCAACGACAUGAUGAAUGUUGGUCGCCUUCAAGGAUUUGAUGGGAAGAUUGUAGCUCAGGGUCGCUUGUUGCUGCAGGACACGUUCAUGGUGUCCGACCCAGACGGCGGCCCGCACGGCAGGAUGAAGGAGAGGAGGGUGUUCCUGUUCGAGCAGCUGGUUAUCUUCAGCGAGCCUCUGGACAAAAAGAAAGGUUUCUCUCUGCCAGGCUUCCUCUAUAAACACAGCAUCAAGGUCAGCUGUUUGGGUCUGGAGGAGAGCGUGGAAGGCGAUCCCUGUAAGUUUAUUCUCACUUCUCGGUCAACCAACGGGACGCUGGAGUCCUUCGUGCUUCACUCCUCCCAUCCGGGGGUGUGUGAAGUCUGGACCCUUCAGAUCAGCCAGAUACUGGAGAGCCAACGCAAUUUCCUCAAUGCUCUGACUUCGCCAAUAGAGUAUCAGAGGAAUCACGUCGGGGCCGGCGUGGGAGCUCAGGGCGGAGGUGUUGGUGCUGUGUCACCUGGAGUCGGGAUCUCUCAGCCCAGCUCCGCCCCACCAGGACCGCAGAGCGUCUCCCGGCGGCCCUCCAAGAUCCCCCAACCUUCUCGUCUACCCCAGCCCCUCCGUCACCUCGCCGGGGCCGACGUGGAGGGCCCCAACAAGAUGUUAGGUUUGUCCCCUCGUCCCGUCCCUGCUACCCCGCUUCCUCCAGGGGGCAGUCCGCAGGGCAAGCGUCCCUCACAGACUGCAGAGGACCAGACACACACGCAGACCCUCACACCCGCCAACCCUGUAACCCCUAUUCCUCGUGCCACAGUGGGGCCUCUGCCCUCCACGCCAACCUCCAAACCACGGCCCGGAGCCGUGUCGCCAAUCGCCCCAACUCUGGCCGCACCCACCUUUGGAAAGGACGCUCUUCCUCCUCCCCCUCCCAGCCCAGGGCAGAAGACUGGACCUGGAUUUUGGUGCUCUAUGCCGGCCUCUCCAGCCAGCAGGCCUGGCUCCUUCACCUUCCCAGGAGAGGCGGCAGAGACCCCGGCCCGUCAGCCGGGGGUUCAGGCCCACAGACACUCCACGCACAGCAAAGAGGCUGACCGCAUGAGCACAUGCUCAUCUGCAAGCGAGCAGUCCAUCCAGUCCACCCAGAGCAACGGGAGUGAAAGUAGCAGCAGCAGUAGCGUAUCCACCAUGUUGGUGACCCAGGACUACAUGGCUGUGAAGGAGGAUGAGAUCAGCGUCAAUCAGGGUGAAGUUGUCCAGAUCUUGGCCAGCAACCAGCAGAACAUGUUCCUGGUGUUCAGGGCGGCUACGGAGCAGGGCCCCGCUGCCGAGGGCUGGAUCCCUGGAUUCGUGCUGGGACACACCUCCGCCAUCGUCCCUGACUCCUCCGACGGGCCAAUCAACAGGAAGUCUUCAUCUUGGCACACGUCUCUUCGAAUACGGAAGAAGUCUGAGAAGAAAGACAAGGAGGUGAAGAAGGAGACCAAGCUGGAAAACGGUUACAGGAAGUCCAGAGAUGCGAUGGCCAAUAAAGUUUCUGUAAAGCUUCUAAAUCCCAACUACAUCUACGAUGCCCCCCCAGACUUUCUGGUCCCUCUGAGUGACGUGACAUGUGACAACGGUGAGAGCGUCACCUUACGUUGUAAGGUUUGCGGUCGACCCCGCGCCACCGUCGCCUGGAGAGGACCAAACGAGAGCAACCUCACCAACAACGGACACUUCAGCAUCGCCUACAACGACGCUGGUGAAGCCACGCUGCGGAUAAUCGGCGCCGCCUCAGAGGACGACGGCGUUUACACGUGCGUGGCGACCAACGAGCUGGGCAGCGUGACGUCCUCCGCGAGCCUCAGAGUGUUGGCCGUGUCCACUGAUGGACUCAGAGUGAGCUGGAAGGACAACUUUGAGUCUCAGUACACUGAGGUGGCUGAACUGGGAAGGGGUCGCUUCUCUGUCGUCAAACGCUGCGAUCACCGGGGCUCCAAACGGACGGUGGCCGUCAAACACGUCAACAAGAAGCUGAUGAAGCGAGAUCAGGUGACUCAGGAGCUCAACCUGCUCCAGAGGCUGCAGCAUCCGCACAUAGUGAGCCUGGUGGACACGUUUGAAACCUCCAGCAGCUACGCUAUCGUCCUGGAGAUGGCUGAUCAGGGCCGUCUGCUGGACUACAUCGUGAGCUGGGGGAAUCUGACGGAGGACAAGGUGGCCUCCUACCUGCGAAGUGUUUUAGAAGCUUUACACUACUUGCACAACUGCAGAAUUGUGCAUCUGGACGUAAAACCUGAGAACCUGCUGGUCGCCCACAACGCCAGCGCACAGCCCGUGGUCAAACUCACAGACUUCGGAGACGCGGUCCAGCUCAACAGCGCCCACUACGUCCACCCUCUGCUGGGCAGCCCCGAGUUCGCCUCCCCGGAGCUGGUCCUGGGGGAGCCUGUGUCGCUGACCUCCGACCUGUGGAGCCUGGGCGUGGUGACCUACGUGCUGCUGAGCGGCGCCUCCCCGUUCCUGGACGAGAGCGCCGAGGAAACGUGCCUCAACAUCUGCAGGCUGGACUUCAGCUUCCCCAGGGAUUACUUCCACGGCGUCAGCCAGGCCGCCAGAAACUUCGUCAGCCUGCUGCUACAGACCGACCCGGGCCGGAGGCCGCCGGCGGGGCUCUGCCUCCAGGAGCCGUGGCUGCAGGCCCCACCGGGGGACGGGUGGGGCCGCGGAGAGGGCUGCCUGGACACGGCGCGCCUCAUCUCCUUCAUAGACCGGAGGAAGCACCAGACGGACGCACGGCCCAUCGGAGGAGUCCGGAGCUUCAUCCAGAGCCGCCUUCAGUCUCGGAUCUGAACGUGGCGGACACAGCAGGAAGCCUCCCCAGAGUUCCCACUGAUCUGAUCCUCCUUCACAACCCAGAAUCCCCUGUAGUACUGCUGGAGCCCCAGAGAACAUCACCAACCUGACAGAACGGAUGCCCUCGUCUACUGCUGCUUGCUGAGAUUUUCUAGUUUUAAACAAACAAAAAUUUUAAAAAGGACGAAUAAAAUCAUUAUUAUAGUAACUUAUUUUCCUUGAUGGGAGUCGAAGCUGAUUUAGAGGAGCUGUCUGAACGAGCCUCGACGGGAAAAAAAAGUCGCCAAGGACCGGCACGGACGUUUGUUUAUUCUUUUACACUAAAGCUAUACCUGACACUUUGCAGAAGCAGCUCUAUCUUAUAGAAACGAUAUAUUUAAGAAAAACACGCGAAAGAACCGUCUGUUUCUUUUAAAGUAAAAAAAUAAAAAUAAUAAAAUGUUGAAAGUUGGCUGUGCUACUUCAGAUGUUCUGCUUAUGAAACCCAUCGUCAUCAUCAUGAGAUGCCAUGUUGACCAUGCUGCGUGCGCCGCCGCCGCCGCCGCACCGUCCAAACCCCCAGGAGGAACGGCGCCCCCUGCAGAACAAAAGCUGCGCUGCGCAGAUAGCGACAUGUUCAAGCCUUACCUUGUAAAUAGACUUCUGCCUUCUUCCCUCUCACAUUCACGACGGACUCCCGCUUUCAGGACGUGGGGCCGACAGAGCCUCGGUGGCGGCUGCAGGUCGCCAGGGAAACCAAGUGAAUGUGGGAAGCCCAGGAGGAGAAACUUUUGUUUUUGUUUUGGUUUCUUUUUGUUGACGUUCUUUUUAUUUUUUCUCUGUAAAUGCACUCACCGUACGUUCUGUUUGAUUAUCAUGUGCAAUGUUGCGGCUUUAAACAUUUUAUGCAACUAUUUAUGAAGACAUCUGUUGUAUCUGUAAUAAAUCUAGAGAAAAGGAUGUACUUGGUACUGCAGGCACUGCUGGUAGUUUGUGUUGUUGGCUGUUCCAGGCCUCACUGGGGUCACGACCUACAAUCAUGUGGUUCAUGUCAAGGAGUUCGGUUUGAUCAAAACUUAAUUUAACACGUUUUGUACUGUAUGCCUCUGUAGUAUUGGUUCACCAAAGUUGCUCUAGCGUUAUAGUACUUAGGAAAAAGGUUUUAUCAGAGUAUGUUUAGGUAAUCAGAGACCUUUUUUGAAAAGAUUGUUUACAAAGGUAAAACACGAGGAGUGGUGGGAGGAACGCAUUCUUAGUUUAGUCUCUUUUCCUUUUUAAAUAGGCAGGAGGCUGGAGAACAGAAAGUAGCUCUUAUUAUUAACUCAAUGAAUUAGGAGUUAAAUGGUCUUAUUUCCUUAAUUGUCUUCUUUCUCGCUGCCAAAAUAUUUCUUCCAUAAAUUUCUCGCAUAAACUAUAAAAAAAAAAAACUCCCUGGAAGCUCACCAGAACAUUUCUGGAAGCGAAAGUAACAAACGUUGAUAAUGAGGGUGAGACGAGCCCUCUGUUAGCUUUUUUUUUUUAAUUAUUAUUCUUAUUUAUGUGAUAUAAUUGUGCACAGGCCGUUCAAAACAAGGAAACUUGGACUGGAUACCUCAGUUUUAGUUUUUCCACCCUUUAUUUUUAUUUUUUGCAUUUGUUUUUAUUUACAUGUUGCAGCCACAUGUUUGUUUUUUCCCCUUUUUUUUUUACUUUGCAUGUAUAUUUCUUUGUACAGCUCAUCAUAUUCUCCCUUGUAAAUAUUCUCAUUUUGUCAUCAGUUAUUUGAAAAUUAAACAUAAUGAACAAACAUGA